AUGCGCCCCGAGUGCGAAGAAGCGCCCGGCGGCCGCCGCGUCGGCGUCGAGCAGCCUCGAGGGCGCCCAUCAUGCAUCCCGUGUGCUCCCGGCGCGCCCCUCACGGCCAGCGCGCCCAUGAUCCGGCGGAUGUUCGACGUCAUAGAGAAGGAGGUUGUCCCCAAGACAGAGAAGCUCGUGGCCGAGGGCAACAAGAUGUUCGGUGCCGCGAUCAUGCGCGACGACCCUGGGCUCACCACGGUGGUCGCAGACUCGAACCACGAGAUGCUGUGCCCGCUGUACCACGGCGAGAUCUGGACGAUCAAGCAGUGGUCGGAGCUGCCCGAGGAUCAGCGGCCCGCCGCCUCUGAGUGUGUCUUCCUCUGCACGCACGAGCCGUGCUGCCUGUGCAUCUCUGGGAUCACCUGGGCGGGCUUCAAGAAGUGCUUUUAUUUUUUCUCGUACGAGGAUUCGAAGGUCCAGGGCAUACCUCACGACCUGAACAUCAUGCACCAGCUGUGGCAGGUGUCGAGCUAUGCCAAGUGUAACGCGUUCGUGACGACUUGCGGGCUCAAGGACGAAAUUGACAAGUGCGAGGAGGCAGACAAGGCAGAGUUGACAGCGACAGCAGCGCGUAUCACCAGCAAGUACGAGGAGUUGUCUCAAAAGUACCAUUCUGAGAAGGCAGCCAACAAGCAGAACACACUCGCGUUUGGCUGA